GCUGUUUUUACGUUAAACUCUGAACCAGAUAAUUUUUAUAUUCAUUAUUAUCAGUGGUAUCAGUAAGUUACAUUUAAACUUUUGGAUGCCAGCAAAGGGUUUGAAUUGAAGACCUGAUACCCUUCUGAGGGCUUCGGAGUCUACUGAGCUAGAAAUAAAAUACUCUUUGAGAUUAAGGGAGCAGACUGUCUUGAGUUAUCAAUGGCAAGUCCGGGAAGAAGCCACGGCUUAUGUCAGACCUUACACAGGAGUGGCUGUAGGGUCAGUGGUAGUAUGGAGGUUUUUAGUCAUUUGUAUCUGGAAAAAGCACAGAAGUCAUCAAAGAAGUCGUGAAUUUACCGUAAAUAAAAUGAAGGAACUGCUGAGAUAAGUUGUAUUUACCAACUUAUUUUUCAUUUUUGCUGCUUGGAUCAUAAUAUGUAAAUGGACUUUAUUGUUACUCUUGUUGCCACUUUUCUGUGGUUGGUGAGUGCCUCGGCCUGGGCUAAAGCCCUUACAGAUAUUAAAAUAGCUACCGGACACAGUAUUAUCAAAGAACUUGAGCCUUGUCGCAACCCACAAAUACAAUGUCAGUUUAUCUCUGUGACUAGUAUGGGAUCCCUAAAUGUAUCCGUGAUCUUUGGCUUUCUGAAUAUGAUACUUUGGGGAGGAAAUGCCUGGUUUGUGUACAAGGAGACCAGCUUACAUAAUCCAUCAAAUAUGUCAGCUUCCCACAGCCAAGGAGGUGUUCCACCCCCUUCUGGAAUAUAAUUAAAGGGAGAAUACACUGAAUGAAAUGUGUGCUAUACUCUGCCUUGUUGCCAACAUCUUGAGAAGCAUUAUUGUUUCUAAUAAAAAGUAAUGGCUUUUUCAGUAAAUUGGUGGGUUUUAAAAUUUGCUGCUUUUCUACAUAAAACGUGCCUUUUCUAGAAAUUUAAGAUGUAAAUGUAUUUUUACAUGUAAGUUUGAAAAUUCAGGAGCCUGUUAAGAGAUGAUACUUAUUUUUAAGUGAAUAGUAAUUUCACUAAGUUGCCUUCUAAAGUGUUUACACCUUAAACUUUAACAGAAACCUUCAUUUAGAAACCAGUUCUGUCAUAUCAUAAUAUAGGAAGAAUUUGUUUGAGACAUACACUACUGUUAGUUUGUAUACAUCAUAUCUAAGGCUUGGCUUGUUUAAGGAAAUCUUGAAUGCAUAAAUCAUAUUUAGAAAAAAAUUAGUGCAAUUUUAUAUCUGAAUAUUGUUCAUGAUAAGAUUUUUUGAAUUGCAAAAACUGGGUAUGUAUUUUGUUUCUUUUUUCUGAAUGACCUGCUAUACUUAUUAGGUGUACUAAAAUUGUCUUAGGAGCAAGGAUUUGAAAAUUGUAACAAAUGUGGAGAGUUAACUUUGCACUUCUGUUGCAUGAGGUAUAUUCAUUAUUUCUGGUGGUUUCUUAGGCUUGAAAAGAACAUGGUUCCCACGAUGGUUUCAUAUGUGUGGGCAUUCUCGAUGAUAGUUGUUUGCUCUCUUUGUUCAUGCCAAGAGAGAAAUAUCUACCUUUUUUUUCAGACCCUAUUUAGAGGGUUACUAAAAAUUAAGGUUGCUUUUUAUUUUUGAAACAUUUGACAUUUGGUCAAUGAAGUUGCUUCUCCUGAGUUUAACAUUGAUAUUGUAAAAAUAAAUGCAGUUCGGAUUUCUUAUUUCUUAAUCUUCAUUCAUGCGUCACAAAAGGAUGAUUAAGGAAUUACGCUCAUAAAUGAAUCUAAGUAAGCUGUGUUGUGUGUGUACUAUCUUUACACACAUUUGGGUGUGUUCAGAAUGCAAUGCUAUUUGUUCCUCAGAAUUUUUGUUGUACAGGGAUCCAGACUUCCUAUUCUUACAUGAUGAUGUUUGUAUGUGACACACAUCUUGCAAUAUUGCCUAUUUUUGUUGCUUUAUUCAUGGCAAAGUGUCUGUGUGAGAAUGUAUGUUUAAUACAGCAAACAAUAAAGAAGCUAAAGAAUAAACAAGUUGUUACAUUACAAUGAA